AUGAUUAAGGUGUUAAUUAUUGGUUCUGGUGGUGUUGGUGUUAUGUCUGCAUUAGCAUUGACUAAUAAUAAUAAAUGUGAGGUUACUUUAGUCGUUCGUUCAGAUUAUAAUUUGAUUUUAUCGCAAGGUUAUUCUAUAAAUUCAUGUACUUUUGGUGAAUUCUCCAAUUGGAAACCUCAUAAUUUGGCAAGUUCAGUUGAAGAUGCUAAUCAAUAUGGACCAUUUGAUUAUAUAGUCUUAUCAACAAAGAAUGUCCCAGAUGGACCAAUUACUUGUGAAAAUAUUAUAAAACCUGCUAUUCAUGGAAGUGAGACUAUUAUAUUAUUACAAAAUGGUAUUCAUAUAGAAGAUGCAAUGUUUAAAGCAUACCCUGAUAAUUUAAUACUUUCAGGAGUUUCCAUAACUGGUUCAACUUAUUAUGAUGGACAUGUUGAAAAUGUAGGUAAAGAUCAAAUUUAUCUUGGUGAUUUUAAAACCACCAACAGAAAUUCAGAUUCCGAUGCCAAGAUUCAUCAAUAUAUGGAACUUUAUCAAGAUCCAAAUGGUCAUAAUUUUAUUGAAGUAGAUGAAAAUGUUCAAAAGACAAGAUGGGAGAAAUUAAUUUAUAACUCAGUAUUUAAUUGUAUUACGGCAUUAGUUAACCUAGAUGUAAAUAGAUUACAGAUUAAUAAUUUAAAUGAAGAAUUAAUUAAACCUGCAAUGUAUGAAGUUAUAAAAAUUGCAAAAACGGAAGGCAUAGAAUGUGAUGAAUCUAAAAUUGAAACUUAUAUUCAUAUAGGUGAUGGAUUAUUUUAUUCACCUUCAAUGUGUGUAGAUAUGAGAAAAGGUCAAUUAAUGGAAUUGGAGAUUAUAUUAGGUAAUCCUAUUAAAAUAGCUAGAAAGAAUAAUGUUUCAGUUCCUAUUUUAUCUACAAUUUAUUCAUUAUUGAAAUGUGUUCAAUUUAGAUUAAAAGAAGAAAAGGGAUUACUUAAGAUUAACCAAGAUGAUUUUAAAGGUAAUUCAAAUGAUUAUGCAAAGAUAUUUAAUGAGAAGUAUGUCUGA